GCUUUUAUAAUCACAAUGUUGAAAUACAAUGAUAAGCAACAAAAAUUGCAAAUGAAAUGAGUUAAUGCAACGUUAAUCUUUAAAGAAUUAAAGACUUGUUGAAGCUUUACAACUAAAGACAUUAAUUAAUAAGCUUAAUUAUUGAAUUAUAUUAUAUGGAUGGUGGUACUGUAAUUAUAACCAUUCUUUAUUUGUGUACUAGGAUAUUAAUUAUUGAAUAUGAAUGCAUUAAUCCCUUAUUUAUGUUUUUUGGUAGCCACUUAAAUGAGCAUCAGCUGUUACAACUUGUAUUUGUGAUUUGUGAUUAAACCAGUAGAAUUUAAAACAAGGAAACUUAGAUUUAUGCCAAAUCGAUUGAUUUUAUUCCAAUGUUUAACAUACGAUCAGAGAUUACGUAUUCUUUUGAGGAAAAUACAUAUGAUAGGAUCAAUAUUACGCCUCGAGGUACCAACGAUACUAGUCAAGAUUGUAGGUAGUAGUGGCUAGAAACAUUUUUCGGGAAACUAUGAUAUCAUCAGAGAUGGUAAAGCCAUCUCUACGUAUAAAUCUCACGUACCAAACUCGACAAGAAGUCUCAGAUUUCAUGAGGAAGAAACGAGAACUUAAAACGUGCAUUUACUAUGUUGGAUUUAUGAGGACUGUGAUGCUCGAACGGAAUACAAAACAUUCAAGAGCACAAAGUAGGAUCAUUCCUAGUUUUAUAAUACAAUGGAAUUAUCCGAGGAAUCUCGCAUCUCCAUUAAAUUUCCACGAAGCCAACGAUGUAUCAAGGUAACGUUAACAUAAGUAUAUAAUGAGUUGCAGACGCGCAGCGAUUUACGUCUGUUUCACAUAAUUCAAGGAAAGAUUGCGACGAAUCUACUUGAAUACGACAUGAGGUCUCGCAAAUUGGUUAAAUUCCGUUCACAUACACGAAGAGGCAAGAUGCUGUAUGUUGUUAUAAAGAGAAUUUAACGAUGAUUACUAUAAUUGUUAGUAUUGUACAAAAAACAAGGGAACUCUGGUAUUUCAACAUUUUCAUAUGGACACCGUACAAGAGGAACGAUAGAGGUACCGGUCACCUGUUGCAAGCUAAAAUCGAAUUUCAUCCACGUUAAUAAGAAUUGCUCGGUUCGUCGAACAUCGCGGCGCGCAAGAAAAUGAUCCUUCCGUGCGCAUUUUUCCUAAGGAAUUACGCGUAAUCGAAAAAGCCAGCAACGGUGAAUCUCCGCUCAACGAAGAUGAAGACUGUCCUGAUUGCUGUCGUGGCUGCUAUCUGCUUCCUGCUCGGUGAAGUACAUUCCGAAGACAAAUAUACGACGAAGUACGACGACGUCGACAUCAACCUCGUACUGAACAACGAGAGACUUCUGAAAGGAUACGUGAACUGUUUACUCGAUCGUGGUACUUGCACCCCGGACGCGGCUGAACUUAAAAAAAACUUGCCCGACGCAUUGGCCCACGGAUGCUCAGCAUGCAGCGAGAAGCAGAAAGAAAUAGCGGACAAGCUUUCUCAAUAUCUGAUCGACAAUAGAGAGGAAGAAUGGAGUCUUCUGGAAGCUAAGUACGACUCGUCAGGAGCUUACAGACAACGUUACCUUCAGAACCAAUUCAGAGAAAAAGCUGUGGACUAAAUUAGCCUCGUAAUUCAAUGGCAUCGAUUAUCUUCGCUUCAUUUUUGUUCAUGUUAAAUCUACUUGGUAUACACGUAAUGAUGCACUGCAAUGAUUUGCUAGAAAUGCUUACAGAACAUCCACUGAUCGGUAUGGAUUAUAUGAUAAGAACAUCUUAAAACAAUGAAUUAAGUAUUUUACAAAUCUGCACAUUCCUUCGAAGAGAAAUCAUCAAGGGCCUUUCUAUAAUUGUAAUUACAAUCAAUUAAAGUUAUCUGAAAAAU